CUGCGCGAGUUUGUCGAGGGCGUGACUGCAUGAGCGACUGGGACGCGAUCAUUGGCAAGGUCGUGGGACGUACUUCAAAGCGGUCUCCGCAUCGUGUUCGGAUUGGUACCGUGGUACAGGCGGAGUCGCGUGCGGUCGUGCGGCCAAUAGCGCGGCGCGACGAGCGGAAACCUCGUGAUUUUUUGAAAGCGGCACGAACAGCGCAGCCGUCCUCGGGCAACGCUGAGCACUCCGGACCGCGCGCGACGCCGAGCUCCCAGUGUGUUUUUACUCGGGGUUGAGUAAACUCCGGCCUGUUGUGUAUCAUAAUACCGCGGCGUGCACACGCGGGGUACUAACGGGGUUAGCGUGCGUCUCUCCGCGUUAGCGGCACCGAGUCGCGCCGAUCAACUGAAUGCAUCUUCGCCUCUCCUACCUUUGCCGCGGCACCUCGCGCAUACACUCGUUCGUCUUUCGUGUGUCUGAGAAGAUUCCCGGGAUACACGGUCAACAAAAUACUAUUGCGGAGCAGCACGCGUGCGGGGCGCGCCGUGGAUUCUAUGAGCGAGAACGCGGUGUUCUUCGGGGUACCAGCUGAGCGUGAUUGCACGUAGGAAUUUAUCGAUCUGCCUCGAAUAACACCCUUGGAUCACGGCAAUGCAGUGACGACAAGUGCGCGUGCCAAAAGUGUUCAAAGUGACGGAUACGUGCGUGAAUUUUCCCGCUUGCGAAUGCAACAUCCGAUUGUUAAGAGGAAGAUGAUUAUUGAUUAAAGAUAACAUUGAACGAAGGGAAAGGUAAUAAGAUCCGAGGGACAAGUUACAGUUAAAAACAACAAUUAAUUCUAUCGGCAAAUAAUAGUUUACGAUUGUAAAAAAAAAAUAAUUGAAAACGGGAGAAAAGCAAUAUCUACAUAACGAAAUAAAGUAAAAAAAAUUAUAUAAGCAACUUUUAAUGCAAGCAUCAUUCUCUAAUAUAAACUAACACAUUCAUCGAUGAAGAAACGAUCUAACAUUCACGAGUAAUAAUAACCGUCCUAUUCGGAGAUAUUUUUUCACAAUUAUUCAAAAAAUAUGUGUAUUGUAUAAUUAUCUCUCGACAGACGCAAAGAAAAAAUAGCGAGCGUUGUAAAGAGAAAACAAUUCCUAGUCAAAAAGAAAGGCUUUUUUUUUCAAGGCCUUGUAAUCCGCGAUUCGCGAUUAUCCGUUGAUCGUACGGAGGAAAAAGACAAAGAUGCAUACGCUCUUUGGCGAGCAGAAUGCAUACUAUCGGCAUGCGACGGCGGUGCCGGUGGGCAUGGGUACGCCGUCGUAUCCGGGGGUGGGUGCCACCCCGGGUUACUAUGAACAAUAUCGUUACGGCGGCUACGCGACGGCCGCCGGUUAUCCGGUAUCGGGUAUCGGUCAGCAGCACAUCCAUCACGCCGGCAAGGAUAUGGUAAAGCCGCCGUACUCGUACAUCGCGCUGAUCGCCAUGGCCAUACAGAACGCGCCGGACAAGAAAAUCACGCUGAACGGCAUCUAUCAGUUUAUCAUGGAACGAUUUCCGUAUUAUCGCGAGAAUAAGCAGGGCUGGCAAAAUUCCAUACGGCACAAUCUCAGCUUAAACGAAUGCUUCAUCAAGGUGCCGCGCGAUGACAAGAAACCGGGCAAGGGAAGCUAUUGGUCCCUCGAUCCCGAUAGCUACAACAUGUUCGACAACGGCUCUUACUUGAGACGUCGCAGACGCUUCAAGAAGAAGGACGCGCUUAAGGAAAAAGAGGAAGCGCUCAAGCGGCAGGGUCUAGUGCCGGAGAAACGGGUGCAGGAGGAUGCCAAAUCCGGCGGCAGCCAGGUUGCGUUGCCGCCACCGGACACGCCAGCGAAGAAGCUCGGCGCUCUGGAGAACAGCACCACUAGCCUGUGCAAGCCUAAGCGGGAACCGGUAAACGAUCAUAACGCUGGCACUCAUUGCAUGGCGGCGGCAGUCCAGGCGAGCAAGUACGGCUUGCACAGCCCGAUACAGGAUACCAAGACGACGACGGCCGUUGCGGCGCCUGGGCAGAGCGUCAUCCAGACAGCCUUAGGUCAUCAGGUGCACCCGGCACAUCAAGUGCACCAGGAGUCGAUUCAGGAUGUCUCCAUGGCCGGCCUAGACCCGACCAGCUUUAGCGUAGACGCUCUGAUGACCACGCGGGAGAACAGCGGCGGUCUGAUGGCGCGCGACAAUCAGCAUCACUCGCACCAUCCGCAUAGUCUUCAGCAUCCUCAUUCCAUCAUGAGCAGCAGGGAGUCCAUGGGUACCGGCAGCAGAGACCUGUCAUCCGCAUGCACCACCACAACCACCACGACCGCCGCGGUAGCGGCGAUGAUGGCCACCACCGGCUACGGACAUACCAGCACGGUUUCCCGGGGCAACGCCUCGCCACCCGGCACAAUGUACACGCCGUACUGCGCGCCGGCGGCCGCCGGAUAUGCCAUCAUGGACCACGCCGAGUACAACUCGGCGAGGAACCACGCGACCAACGCCGUAGGACACUCGCAGUGGUAUCAGGACGCCGCGAGUCCCGACGCAGCGAUCUACCAGGACACCCAGUCCCCGAGCUGUCAGCUUUAUAGGUCCAGCCCGCCGACACCGCUUUCGACGGGCGCGGCACCGUCUCCUCCGCUGUACCACAGAUAUUAUCAAGACUGUAACGCUGUUAACACUAGCGGCAAUCUACCGAUAACGUUGCAUAAGUACUGAGAAUAUCGGAAUUCAAGGUCCCAUCAACGGGACCUUGAAGAACACCAUGGCGAUCAUUACGAUCCGGGUUUGGUUUACGUGAAACAAGAAUGGAUCCCCUCGACAGACGAACUCGCCAAGGAAUGGAACUAGAAAAAGUAUCGGAGAGAAAUCUGGUAAAAAAAUUACGUAACCCUAGUUUCCUGCCCGUAUCGAAUCGUAUCUUCGUAUCGCGGAAAAUCGUCGGUAAUAUGUAGGCAAUUAGCUAAUGCGACGAUUAGCGUAACGAAUCGUUGAGGAUAAUUAUGUGACGAGUAGCGGUUAAGCUAAAACUUUUAUCGAGUUUUCUUGGUAGAAAGAUACAAGAAUCCACAAUAUUGCUUUUCUCAUUUUUUUAUAUCGUUGUAAUAUUCCAACAAUCUUCAAUUAAUUCAAAACGUUAAUUAAAUAGUUGUCUUUUUAUAAUAUAAGCUUAUUAUUAGAAAAUUGAAAUAUUUUUUCGAAAGUAUAACGAGACUAGAAAAAGAUCUUUGGUACACAAUUUCCCGGAAAAUUUGAUAAUAUCCCGAUUCAAAGAACUCUGUAUCUAAAAACCUGAGUGAUUAAAAUCCAUAGCUCCCAGAAUAAUAUAUAAAAAAUACAUAUAAAAGAUGUAUAUAAAAAGGACCAUAAAUUUUAAUUGGUGAAUUUCCUCUUCCCUUUUAACACACUGAGAUAUGAUUCGUCGUUUUUAAUCAACAGCAUCGUAAAUUCGAUAGUCGUAUGAGUCGAUUUUCCUUAUUUCACUCAGUAGGUUCGCUUGAUUUAAUGAAUGAGACGCGAGUGAAUGCCCGGGAAGAGGAAAUCAACCGCGAAUUUCAACUUAAUCGUUCUCACCUGCGUAAACAUCGCGAAACCCGUCACUGACCUACCUAUCUGACGAAUUUUUUCGGCCAUCGCUGUUUUCGCGCACAUCUGUGCAAACCGCCGUAAAUCGCGCGAAGCGCAUGGAAAUAUCGCUCGGCGCGUCUCUGUUUGCCAAUUGUCUGCUUCCGAUAGGUAUAGCGAUAAGGACGAAUCAAAGUCAUCGGCCUGGACCGUGCGGUUCGGAUUUUUUGUCGAGUGUGCGAUUUUUCACGGAAUUCGCAUUACGUCGAGCACUAUCCCGA